CGAGAGCUCCCCGCGUGCCGCCGCCCGCUCGGCUCGGCUCCUGCCCGCGCCCCGGCCUCGCCCCGCAGCCGCCCAGCUCGCUUCACGUCCGCUCCCGGAGCCCGCGCCCCACGCUGCCCCUGCCCGCCCCGGCCAUGCUGUCCUUCCAGUACCCCGACGUGUACCGCGACGAGACCGCCGUGCAGGAUUAUCAUGGGCAUAAAAUUUCUGACCCUUAUGCUUGGCUUGAAGACCCAGACAGUGAGCAGACAAAGGCUUUUGUGGAGGCCCAGAACAAGAUCACUGUGCCGUUCCUGGAGCAGUGCCCCAUCCGAGGUUUAUACAAGGAGAGGAUGACUGAGCUGUAUGACUAUCCCAAGUAUAGUUGCCACUUCAAGAAAGGAAAGCGGUAUUUCUAUUUUUACAAUACAGGUUUGCAGAACCAGCGAGUAUUAUAUGUACAGGAUUCCUUAGAGGGUGAAGCCAGAGUGUUCCUAGACCCCAACGUACUCUCCGAUGAUGGCACCGUGGCGCUUCGAGGCUAUGCAUUCAGUGAAGACGGUGAAUAUUUUGCCUACGGUCUGAGUGCCAGUGGCUCCGACUGGGUGACAAUCAAGUUUAUGAAAGUCGAUGGUGCUAAAGAGCUUCCAGAUGUGCUCGAAAGAGUCAAGUUCAGCUGUAUGGCCUGGACCCAUGAUGGGAAGGGAAUGUUCUACAACUCUUACCCCCAACAAGACGGAAAAAGUGAUGGCACAGAGACGUCCAGCAACCUCCACCAGAAGCUCUGCUACCAUGUCUUGGGGACUGAUCAGUCAGAAGAUAUUUUGUGUGCUGAGUUUCCUGAUGAGCCCAAAUGGAUGGGUGGAGCUGAGAUGUCUCCCGCUUUCCUGCAUUGGACAGGUCUUUGUGACCUUAGGCAAGUCUCUAAGCUACGUUGUCAGGAGGCAGCCUUACUCUUCCCAUUGAUGCUGAUGACCCAUCUCUCCCCAGGACGACCACCUUCCACCUGGCAGAACCCAUGGCUUUCAGGCCAUUUUUGGCUAAAGUUCCGUUGCAGUCCAAAACCAGAUAUCAACUCCAGUUUACAUGCUGCUGCCCUCUCCCCAGCUCAG